AGAUGAACAAGAAGAAAUGACAAAAGAAGAAGAAGAAGAAGAAGAGGAAGAGGAAGAAGAAGAUCUGGAAGAAUUGCCGUGGUGGAAGACAUCCAUCGUGUAUCAGGUUUAUCCAAGAUCAUUCAUGGACUCGACAGGAUCCGGCGUCGGAGACCUUAUAGGCAUAGCGUCGAAGGCAGACUAUCUACGCGAUCUGGGCGUGGGUGCCGUGUGGCUUAGCCCUGUCUUCACCUCGCCCAUGGCUGACUUCGGCUAUGACGUCUCAAACUUCACUGACAUCGACCCUGUCUUCGGCGAUCUCCAGGACUUCGAUUUCCUGCUGGAGGAGAUGCACCGAAGAGACCUAAAGGUAAUCCUGGACUUCGUGCCCAACCACACCAGCGACCAGCACGAGUGGUUCCUGAAGUCCGUCCGGCGGGAGGAUCCGUUCACUCACUACUACGUGUGGGAGGAUGCUGCGGGGUACAACGCCUCGGGCCAUCCCUUCCCGCCGAGCAACUGGCUGAGCGUCUUCCGCGGGUCCGCCUGGGAGUGGGUGGAGGAGAGGGAGCAGUUUUACCUCCACCAGUUCUUGGCCGAGCAGCCCGAUCUCAACUUCCGCAACCCAGCUGUUAGGGAGGAGAUAAAGGACGCGAUGCGCUUCUGGCUGGACAGGGGCGUCGACGGGUUCCGGGUGGACGCCCUCAAGUUCUUGUUCGAGGCGAGGAACGCGUUCGAGGACGAGCCGAGGGCCCAGGACUCCGACGUCGAGGACCCUCUGCAGUACGAGUUCCUGGAGCACACUCUCACCGUGGACCGUCCGGAGACCCUCGAGGCGCUGGCCGAGUGGAGGGAGCUGGUGGGCGAAUACGAGGACAGAUUCCUGAUGGUCGAGGUCUAUGCCGACGUCAACGAGACGAUGAAGUACUAUGGCAACGAGAGUCAUCCCUUGGCAGACUUCCCUUUCAACUUCCUACUCAUUGACAGCUUCCAGAGUCGUGACAACUUGACAGGAGAGAGUGUCAUGGCUGUCAUUGACGAUUGGAUGACCAAUAUGCCGGAGGGAAAGUGGCCUAAUUGGGUGAUCGGUAACCAUGACAACAGCCGGGUCGCCUCUCGUCUGGGCAGCGACCUUGUGGAUGCUCUAAACAUGCUGAUUUUGCUCUUGCCCGGAACACCUGUCACUUAUUACGGAGAAGAGAUCGGCAUGGAGGACACCUUCGUCUCGUGGGAAGACACUCAGGAUCCCCGUGGACUCAACUUCGGGCCUGAGAGAUACCUGGAGUUUUCGAGAGAUCCCGCCAGGAGUCCUAUGCAGUGGGGUGACGAGCCUAAUGCAGGUUUCUCGACCGCCAACGCCACCUGGCUGCCGGCGAACGCAAACUUAACGUCACUGAACGUCGCGACGCAAGACGAAGCCGAAGCCAGUCAUCUGGGCGUCUAUCGCCAACUGUCCGAACUCCGCCGCGAGGUCACCUUCGUCAGGGGUGACCUCGCCUUCCCUCUGGUCACCGAGGAGGUCAUCGCUAUUUUGAGGAGUUACAAACGCGCCCCGAGUUACCUGUUAGUGAUUAACACGUCGGAAUAUGAUGUUACCGUCGACCUCCAGCAGGGCACGACCCUUCCCGAGGUAGGGACGGUCGUGCUGCGCUCCGUCACAGACACUUCCGAUGCCACCAUGCUAGGAUCCAAAGUUCAGCUGAACAACGUAACCCUGGUCGGAGGCGAGGGCAUUGUCUUCAAGUUCCCCCAAGUAUAG